UUGGGUUUUGGGAUAAGGAUUAUGUUUGCCGUUUUCCAGCGGGUAGGGAAGUGUCUUAGUCUGAGUGUCGCGUUUGAAACUGAUAUCUGUCAUAUAGCCGAAAUAUCAACAUGCUCAAUGUCAAUGUCAAAUAGGUUAUAACCUCAAUAAUGCAUAUUUUAUCUGUUGUGUUUUAUUUACAUAUAGUGUCUGUGUAAAUGUAGUAAAAUGCUACAGAAUAGUAAAAAAUUAAGAAGCCUUUGUGGGGCACUCCAAAAUAUUCAUUUAUGUCGAUCCAAUUUAGUCGCUGAAAAUAGUGCUAAACAUGCGGUAACAUUAUUUCAAGUUAGAGGAAAGAAAGAUGAUUCUACAUUAUCCUCCUUAUUUGUUCCUAUACAAAUUAAAGCAAAUCCGGAUGAUAUAAAUGUAGGAGCUGAACUCACAGGUUCUUUAAAUAAGGCUGAUUUAUUGAAGGUUUUAAAUAAAUUCUACCAGAAUAAGGAGAUAAAACAGUUGCUUAUGGACAAUGGAUUGGACAAUUACCUUCAGCAUCAGAGCUACAUAAGCUUCAGGAGAUACUGUCUAGAAGCACAAACGUUACCUGUUGACUUACAUGUCGUGAUAAGUGAUGUUUUGCAAGGAGCAGGCAAUCCUACUGAUAUUUUCCCUUAUUUCUUGAGACACGCUAAACAAAUGUUUCCCCACUUAGACUGUAUGGAGGAUUUGCGAAAAAUUUCAGACUUGAGAACUCCGGCUAACUGGUAUCCUCAAGCAAGAGCAAUAAAUAGAAAAAUAAUUUUCCACGCUGGCCCAACAAAUUCUGGAAAGACUUUUCAUGCUUUAGAAAGGUUCAUCACAGCCAAAUCUGGAGUUUAUUGUGGUCCUUUGAAAUUAUUAGCUAGCGAAGUGUUUAAUAAAACGAACAGCAGGGGCACACCUUGCGACUUAGUAACGGGCGAAGAACGAAAUUUUGCAGACCCAACUGGAAAUGCAUCUGGUCACGUAUCGUGUACUGUCGAAAUGGCUUCAGUAAACAAUCCUUAUGAAGUGGCAGUGAUUGAUGAAAUCCAGAUGAUAAAGGACCCUCAAAGGGGAUGGGCUUGGACUAGGGCUUUCUUGGGCUUAAUAGCUGAUGAGAUACAUAUUUGUGGUGAAGCAGGAACUAUCGAUUUAGUUCAACAACUCUGUUUAACCACUGGGGAGGACCUGGAGGUUCGCCAUUAUAAAAGACUGACAGCUUUAAAAAUUGAAGACUCUGCUUUAGGUUCUCUGGACAAUGUUUUGCCUGGAGACUGCAUUGUAUGUUUUAGUAAAAACGACAUUUAUUCUGUUUCGAGAGGUAUCGAAGCGACGGGCAAGGAAGUAGCUGUAAUCUACGGAGGUUUACCUCCAGGUACCAAGCUAGCCCAAGCCGCCAAAUUCAACGAUCCUGACAACAGUUGUAAAAUAUUAGUUGCAACAGACGCAAUUGGAAUGGGUUUGAAUUUGAGUAUUCGUAGGAUAAUAUUUUAUUCUCUUAUUAAGCCAAUUAUGAACGAGAAGGGUGAGAAGGAAAUGGAUACGAUAUCCGUGUCUUCGGCUUUGCAGAUAGCUGGGAGAGCUGGAAGAUACGGCACCCAGUGGGAACAGGGAUAUGUAACGACAUUUAAGCCAGAGGAUUUGAACACCCUGAAAAAUCGGUUGUCUUCUGAUCCAGAGCCAAUAACACAGGCCGGGCUGCAUCCCACCGCUGAUCAGAUUGAACUUUACGCUUAUCACUUACCAAAUUCAACGCUUAGUAAUUUAAUGGAUAUAUUUGUUAGUCUUUCGACGGUGGACGAUUCUUUGUACUUCAUGUGUAACAUCGAGGAUUUUAAAUUCCUAGCCGACAUGAUCCAGCACGUUCCGUUGCCUUUGCGAGCCAGAUACGUGUUUUGCUGUGCGCCUAUCAAUAAGAAAAUGCCGUUUGUCUGCACCAUGUUCUUGAAAUUUGCAAGGCAGUACAGCAAAAACGAGCUAAUUACUUUUGACUGGUUGUGCAGAAACAUAGGGUGGCCUUUGCAGCCCCCAAAAACCAUAAUCGACUUGGUUCAUUUAGAAGCCGUGUUUGACGUUUUGGAUUUAUACUUGUGGUUGAGUUAUCGCUUCAUGGACUUAUUCAACGAGCCCGUUCUGGUGAGGGACAUGCAGCGCGAGCUGGACCAAAUAAUCCAGCAGGGUGUCAUGCAACUCACCCGACUGCUAAGGAACUCGGAAACCGGCAUAAGUUCCGGCACCCUAGCGGCCGACGACGAGGAGUUUUCCGCAAACAGACUAAAACAGUCGUAUUUAAGAGAGUCGAAGACGUCUGUGGUCGGGAGAGGUAGGUUAACAGAAAGGUUACUCGCGCAGGGCAUUUUAACACCGAACAUGCUGCAAGAACUAAAGAAGGAGUGGAACAAGAAGGGUGUCGACAAUGAGGGCGAUAGCGACGGUGAGCCCAAAAAGCCACGAAGGAAACGGAAAACUAAGUAGGAAUGUACGAAUGUAUUUACAUUGUUAUAUCAGUAAUUUUUAUUAUACAUCUAAUAUACGGUGUGGCACCAAGAAAAACUGUUUUAAAAUUACAAGCAGUUGCUGUUUUAAUAAAAUACUUUUUUCAAAGUUCCUUAUCUUUUUUUUUGUACGGUGUUUUUUAAUUUUUUUUUUUCAGAUGUAAAUUUUCUUUUUAUAGAAAAGUUAUUCGUUGGGAAAAAGUAUAAGAAAGACUUUACUCUCAAAUAGACACUCAAAAUUACAUUGCUAUACAGGGUGACAAAAAUAAUAUCAACAAUCUUAUAAUUUUUUAUUCGGGCUCACCCUGUAUGAGCCCUUGAAGUUGAAAGUUAAAAAUCGAUUUUUUGCUAUAACUUUGUUUUUCAGUAAAUUUGGAUAAUUUUUGGGUAAAAGCUAUGUUAUUUGAAGCAACUUUAAUUUUGUGCACGAUGUUUUGUUUUGUAGUUUUUAAAAAUGUGCUCUUUUUGGUCCACACCACACCACUGCACAUAUUUAUACGCUAAGCCAAAAUCAUACGUUAUCAAUGAAUUUGUGCAGAUUUUGUUACAAAAAUGGCAAUAAAAAAGUAUUUAUUAAAAAUAAUUUCCUUCCUCCUUAUUUGCAACCUGAAUAAUUAGAAUCUUCAAAAUUAAAAUUUGUUACAUAACUCUAAACUUAAAAAUAGUAAUACUUUUGUACAGAGCAAUCCAUUAGCCUGACAAAGUACAAUGACUCCAAGAUAUAAAAAAAAUAGAAGUCGAAACGGAUAAAAAAUACUAUUUCAAAAUAAU